UAAGAGCAAAAAUUUUCUUUGAAACUGAAUCAGAAAUAGAGAGAGAGCGAAAUUCAAAUCUCCACGCCCAUCGACAAUCAGAUAAGCGGAUAGAUUUAAAUUAUUUUGAGUAUCGAGAAUUAACAAUGGCGUUGGGAAAGAAGAGCGGUUGUUUGAAAUCGAAAAGCGUCGUCUCUGCUGCUGCCGAUAAAGAGCUGGAUUUCGGAGUUGUGAGAUAUGCGCGUGGUUUAGGAAGGAAACGUGUUGUGAUUUCUUGCAAUCAGGAGGAUUCGUCUAUCGACUUGACGCCGAAGGCACCGUCGAAGAGGCGCUGCAGCGUCGUCAGUACGACGGUGGACGCUGAUUGGUCUCUGCUCGAGGUUCUGCCUCAGGAGAUUCUGCUUAGGAUACUCUGCGGUGUGGACCAUGAUGACUUGAAACAGCUAGUCCGUGUUUCGAAAACAAUUAGCGAAGCGACUUUAAUUGCCAAAGAAUGGCAUUUCGCUUAUAGAACCCCCUCAAAGAUCCGUGCAUUUCGCACUUCCAUUGAACUUGACGACAAUUUCAUCGAUCUCGACGAGAUUGAAGCCCCAGAUGCUCCUGUCACAAGACGAUUUAGGUCUCCAUUAAGCAGAAAAAAGCUCGCGGACAUUUCCGUGGCCUUGUUUGCCGAAGAAGAGCAAUGGCCAAGGAAAAAGUACGCCAUUGAGACAGAGAUGUGAAUUAAGCCAGAGGGCUCUGUAAAUACAUCUGUAUUUUUGUUGUAGAAACACGGUGUGCUGGUAGGAAGAAAGACGUAGUUAGGGAUCUGAGACAUUUUCACCGACAAAUUCUUCAAAUCUUUCAUUGAAGAUGAAGAUGAAGAUGAAGAUGGGUGUGUUAGGAAUGCAUCUCGUUCUUUUUGUACAUGUAUUACAGAGGCAGGCUGAUAGGUAAAUUCGUUUACAAGGGUAGCAUUUUGGUUUAGUCCCUUAUCAAAUUCUGAUACAUUCGAACAGUUCAUUAUACUGUUGCUCUCAUUUGUUCUCUGUCUAAUAAAAACGAAGCCCAUUUUCCUCGGAACUUCGUGUCACCACUUAGCCUUACGUUUCUGGUU